GUGCACCAACCACUGCACAUGUAAAUGCAUGUGCAUUUUACCCUUUUAAUGAUACGGUAAAUGAACUUACAAUUAAUCGUUAAACAGGUGUUGCCAGUAGAAUGAUAUUAGAUAAUAGAGUGAUAUUAGGUUAUUGUAUUUAACCUAAGGUAAUAUUUGUGCUUUUAUUAAUUAGCAUAACUUUAAAUAGUUCUUUCAAAAGUAUCUAAAUUAUUUAAAAUUGAGGUGUAAUAUGGAUGAAAAUGCAACAGAAACUUACGACGAUGACAUACGGGAUCAACCAGUGGAUUACAGUAAAAAAUAUGUCGAAAUAAAUAGAUUAAAACAAAAUCAUAUUUUGAAUGACAUAGACAAAGAUCAAUCUGCAAAUGAGGAUAUUAAAGAAUGCGAAUCUGAAACGACAUUAUAUGGAGAUUAUGCAGAAACAGAUCUAGAUCAACCAACAGACUAUAGUUUAAGAUAUGCAGAAAAUGAUACAGAUGAAGACGAAAAACCAACUACAGAAUAUUUUUCUGGGAGUGUGCAAGAAGAUACUAUUAAAACGUAUUGUACAGAAGGUACUCCUUAUGAAACACCUUUUAAUUUUUCCACAGCAACAUCUAUGUCUGAUUUAAGAGUGGAAGAUACAAAAGAUAAUGAUCAUGCUAAAAAAACACAGAAAAGAGGACUCGCUGUUAAAGAUAAGAAAAGUACAUCUUUCGAAGAAAAAAGAUCUGAAGAAUGUUGCGUGCAACAACGUUUGAUGUCAGAAAAUGCUGAGAGGCAAAAACAUAUUAUUAGUAUAAGUACAGAUAAUAUAAUUCCUGAAAAGCCAAUUAAUUAUUAUAAAGAAGAAGAAUCUAGUAGUUCUUCCUGUGUUAAUUCACUCAGUUCUUUUAACAGCGAAAUAGCACAAUGCAAUAAUGUAUCAGAGAUGAUAUCAAAAACAAGUUUAGAAGAUUCCAUCAGUAAAUCAGAACCAGAAGCAAAUAAUUCUAACGUAGAAGAAUUAAAUACCAAUAAAUUAAUCUCUACUUCGGUAAACAAUAGUCCUGAGGAAAUUAAAAAUAAUUCACGUAUUGUCGAUAAGGAAGGGAAAAUGGUAACAUUUAGUGGUCAAGAUUUUUAUGCUGAACAAACACCUCUAAUGUUUUCACGUUGUAGUUCUCUCGGUUCUUUAAGUGGUUUUGAACAGCAUUCUAUACACGAUGACCGUAGUUCCAUUGUUAGUGAUUUUAGCCGUAGAACAAGCGGAAUCAUUUCACCAAGUGAAUUACCAGAUUCUCCUACUCAAACCGUACCACCCAGCCCUCGGAUACAAAAUAUAAAAUCUACAGAUUUUAUGAAUAAAAUGCAAGAAGAAGAAGUUAAAUCAUCGCAUUCUCAUUUAUUGUUUCCAAAACAUACUAUCAAAAGGACUAGUGUUUUUGAAGACGAUAUUGCUACUUUUAAAGAAGAAUCAACACCAAUAGAAUUUUCUACCACUACAAGCUUGAGUUCUUUAACUAUUGAUGAUGAAGUGAAAAGUUCUGAUUUUCUUAAAAGUGAAGACAAAUUGGAGGAAAUAUUAAAACCGGUUCUUCAAAAUAUCGAAAAGGAUACAUCCUUUGUAAAAGCAAAUAUUCUUGAAAGUGAAAAACAACCAGAACAAAUAAGCGAUGGUGACGAAGAUGAUGAAGAUAUGCUAGCUGCUUGUAUUAGUAUGGGAAUACAAAAUAAUAGAUAUAGACAGUCUUCAAAAACAGAAAGUAUUCCAAAACCUACGCAUUCUAAAUCAACAAGCGUCUUAAUGCCAUGUGAUAAAAAGUCACCAUUAAACAGAUCGCACGCUUGCAUUUCCAUUUCCCCCGGGGAAUCAACAGCUGUUUCGAAAAUUUGUAAAUCACCAAUGGAAAUUGUUGUUGUCCCGGAUACAGUACAUGUUUAUUGUACAGAAGAUACACCAGCAGGUAUCUCUCCAGUUGGUUCGCAAUCAAAUCUUUCUGUCUUAUCUAUGCCAAGUGUUCCAGAAGAUAUAGAAAAAAUUGAACCAAUUAAAUCUUCAGAACUUGAAUGUCACAGAAAUGAUCUUUCAGAUGAAAGUUAUAAUCUUUCUGAUGAAGAUGAAAAAAUUCUUGAUGAAUGCAUUCAAUCAGGAAUACCAAAAGUGAGACAAAUUACCCCACCUCCAACAAAAAGUAUACCCUGUAAAAAUAACCUUAAAACCUUACCACCAAAAUUUAAUUCAUGUGGAACACCUUUGUCGUCUCCUGUUGAAUCGACUUCCAAUAAAAAUCCUGUAAUAAAUAAACCUCUACAUCAUAUAUCGACGGAAAAUGAAAAGGAAUUUUCAGACGAUAGUCCCAAUCAAUCGGAUGACGAAGCUAUUUUAAUAGAAUGUAUACAAUCCGCAAAGGCCCGAUUAAGGAGCUCACCAUUGUCAUUAUUAAAAGAAACUAAUUGUAAGAUAUCAAAACAUACAACUCAAUGUCCGGUCUCUUUACCUACAAGACUUCAAGCAGAAAAAAUAAUGCGAGAACAAAAUACUACUCCGAGUGGCUCAGCAAGUGUAUUUUAUCCUACAGAAGAAAGUUACAGUCUUUCGGAAGAAGAAGAAGAAGAAGAAAUUAUUUUAGCUCAAUGUAUUCAAUCUGGCAUGCCAAAAGUGUUAAAUGUUACAACAACAAAAGUUCAAAAACAAGCUACAACGAAAAAACGAGAAGAGUAUUCAAGAUCAAUUGGAUCGUCUGGUAGUUCUACCUCUUAUCUUCUAAAUAAUGCUUAUCCAAUUAAUGCCUUGUAUGCACAGCUGCCUUAUAAAAACGUAGAAAAUAGCGUUUCCCAUUACAUCGUUGGAAGUUCAUCUUGCAGUUACAAUAAUUUUCCAACGAAAGCAUCUAGUAGUAGUUAAGAAUAUAUAUUAUUUAUUUAUAUAUUAGUAAAAUAAUAUCAUCUAUCUUACAUUAAAAACAAUCAGAAAUUCCGCAACAUAAAUAUAAUUGCCAACAAAUUAGUUAAACUAGAGUUAAGAUUUAUUCAAUAUUAAAGACUG